UCUUGCCUCCAUUCUUAACGGCACCUACUCCAUUAAAGCUCUCUCUGCUGUCCCCUCUCUCUAUGUGCAAUUUCUGGGAUUAAUAAAUGCUCCCAACAGCAACAGCAGUAACAAGUUGUCUCAUUUCCCAAGCUAUAGAGCUUCUGCAAUGAAAUUUAACAGUGACGGGCAAUGAGUGAGAAUCAUGUGAUCUUCCACCUCCCGUAAAAGCCACCAUUAAUUUCCUCAGCCGAGGAAACUGACUGAAACAACCCCAUCUCAAUUCUCGUCUCUCUGAGCUGAGCUGAGGAGGAGUUUCUUCAAUUUUUCUUUUUUGUUCUUAUCUUUAGAUAUUUCCUUUUGUGGGGUUCCUUUCUUUCCUUCCUUUUCCGUUUCCCGAUGGCUGCAAGUGCUUCGAGGUUCAUCAAGUGCGUGACAGUGGGCGAUGGGGCUGUGGGGAAGACCUGCAUGCUCAUAUGCUACACCAGCAACAAGUUCCCUACCGAUUACGUACCAACAGUUUUUGAUAACUUUAGCGCCAAUGUAAUAGUCGAAGGCACCACAGUCAAUCUUGGACUUUGGGACACAGCUGGUCAAGAGGAUUACAAUAGAUUGAGGCCCCUGAGCUACAGAGGGGCAGAUGUCUUUGUACUGGCUUUCUCAUUGGUCAGCCGUGCCAGCUACGAGAAUAUAAUGAAAAAGUGGAUCCCUGAGCUCCAGCACUAUGCUCCUGGAAUCCCUGUUGUCCUGGUGGGAACCAAAUCAGAUCUUCGUGAGGACAAGCACUUCUUGGCAGAUCACCCAGGACUGGUCCCUGUAACCACUGCCCAGGGCGAAGAACUGCAUAAACAAAUUGGGGCUGCCUACUAUAUAGAGUGCAGCUCGAAAACUCAGCAGAAUGUGAAGGCAGUCUUCGAUGCUGCAAUUAAGGUUGUCAUCAAACCCCCACAAAGAGAAAAGGAAAGGAAGAAGAAGCCCCGUCGAGGAUGUCUACUAAACGUCUUCUGCGGAAGGAGCCUUGUGUGCUACAAGUGAACACCACCGACUAUCGACAAUAGCAUGUCAUCAAGUCUCUGAAGAUCGAUUCAUUUUACAUUCAGUUAUACACAGUAUCUGCUCCGUAGAUAGCUUUCUAGCUACACAGCUUUUCUAAAACUGACUUGUAGCGUUGAUUACGUCCUUGCUCUGAUAUUUAUGAGACAGAUCUUUUAUAUUACUCCAGCUCUGGAAA